GUCUAGGGUUGCCUUUCAUUUCUCGUCUUUGCUGUUCGGCUUCGUUGCUUCGCAGGUGGUGUAGACAUUGUACGAGUCGCUUCUUGGGCUCCUUCGUUGCUGUUCGACUUCGCUCCUUCGACGACUUUACCUUCCUGUCGGAUCGGAAGUUACAACAUUUUGAUCGGAAGCAACGACGGGAGCUCGCUGGCUGUGAAGACAUGGAUGGUGGGUCUAGCAGAGGCGGCAAUAGCGCUGAUGUUAUAUUACCCAACUAUAAGCUUGGGAAGACUUUGGGAAUUGGUUCAUUUGGCAAAGUAAAAAUUGCAGAACAUGCGUUAACUGGUCACAAGGUAGCUAUAAAGAUUCUCAAUCGCAGAAAAAUAAAGAACAUGGAAAUGGAAGAAAAAGUUAGAAGAGAAAUAAAAAUAUUGAGAUUGUUCAUGCAUCCUCACAUUAUACGCCUUUAUGAGGUUAUAGAGACGCAUACAGAUAUUUAUGUGGUCAUGGAAUAUGUCAAAUCUGGUGAACUUUUUGAUUAUAUUGUUGAGAAGGGCAGAUUGCAAGAGGAUGAAGCUAGACGAUUUUUCCAGCAGAUCAUUUCUGGUGUUGAGUAUUGCCACAGAAACAUGGUAGUACAUCGAGAUCUCAAGCCAGAAAACCUGCUUCUGGAUUCAAAAUGCAAUGUUAAAAUUGCAGACUUUGGCUUGAGUAAUAUCAUGCGUGAUGGCCAUUUUCUGAAGACUAGUUGUGGGAGUCCAAAUUAUGCCGCUCCUGAGGUUAUUUCUGGUAAACUGUAUGCUGGGCCAGAGGUUGAUGUUUGGAGUUGUGGUGUUAUCCUUUAUGCUCUUCUCUGUGGUACUCUUCCUUUUGAUGAUGAAAACAUACCAAAUCUCUUUAAGAAAAUAAAGGGUGGAAUAUAUACUCUUCCUAGUCAUCUUUCUUCUUCAGCAAGGAAUCUGAUUCCAAGGAUGCUUGUUGUUGAUCCAAUGAAGAGAAUGACUAUUCGUGAGAUUCGUGAACAUCCAUGGUUCCAAGCUCGUCUUCCUCGUUAUCUGGCUGUGCCUCCCCCUGAUACAAUGCAACAAGCUAAGAAGAUUGAUGAAGAAAUCCUUCAGGAGGUUGUUAAAAUGGGAUUUGAGAAGAACCAGUUGGUUGAAUCACUUCAUAACAGAAUUCAAAAUGAGGCGACUGUGGCAUACUAUUUGCUUCUCGACAACAGGUUCCGUGUUGCCAGCGGCUAUCUUGGAUCUGAAUUUCAGGAAAGCAUGGAAUGUGGCUUCACUCGAGUGGGUACUUCUGAUAUACCUGCUUCUGCUGUAAGCCCUCCUACUUCUGCUGUUAGCCCUCGCAUGUUUGGGUAUAUGGAUCCCCAGGGAGUGGGUUUAAGGCCACAUUUCCCUUCUGAAAGAAAAUGGGCUCUUGGCCUGCAGUCCCGAGCUCAUCCUCGCGAAAUAAUGAUGGAAGUUCUUAAAGCUCUUCAAGAAUUGAAUGUUUCUUGGAAAAAGAUUGGUCAUUACAAUAUGAAAUGCCGAUGGAUGCCUGGAUUUUACCGUGGAUACAGUGAUGAAUCUGAUAUCAUUGGAAACGAUGAUGUCGCUGCAAGUGCAUCUUACGUGGUCAAGUUUGAGGUUCAGCUUUAUAAGACCAGAGAGGAGAAGUACCUUCUUGAUUUGCAGAGGGUUAGUGGCCCGCAGCUUCUAUUUCUAGACCUAUGCGCUGCAUUCCUCGCUCAGCUGAGAGUUCUAUGAUGACUUUCUCCCUCUCUGUUUUGCUUUAUUUAGUUUCUUCAUUUUUCCUGUUGCUCUACUGGUUCCCUUUAUCACCUGCUCCCUUAAAACUUUCUAAGUACCACAGAAUUUGAUUUUGGGGCAGCUUGGAUAUUGAUCGUGAAUGUAAAUAAUCUGCUAUCGGCUAUCCUUUUUUGCUCUACCCUGGUGUUGGCCUUUAUGAAAUUGCAACCAAGUAUUUGUAGUCACAGAACGUACUGAAUAAUAAUGAAAAAGCAAAUUAAUCCAUUUUUAGC